AUGUCUCAGGACCAUGAUUCGCUUGCUCUGCGGAAACGUCGCUUGCUUCGCGGAGAGAUCACAUACGCCGCCGCAAAGGAACAAGACGCUAAUAUCCUGCAUCAGUUGGGAUAUAGGGAUCAGAAGAUUCGAUAUUUUACCCAUCUGUACCGAAAUCGCAAGCUGAUAGAAAGAACCGUCGCCCAUCAUCUCGGCCUCCGUUCCGCGGAUGCAUGUCGUACUGUUGAUGUGGAGGACUGGAUCCAUGGCAGCUUCAACGUCUGCAUCCGAGUUGAUGUUGAUGGCCAAGGACGAGAUCCCCGGAGACAAUUGAUGAUGCGGUUUCCCUUGCCUUACCGGAUUGGAGAGGAAUGCUGCCCAGGCAAUGCGGAUGAGAAGGUCCGCUGUGAAGUUGGCACCUACGCAUGGCUCCAAGAGAAUUGUCCAACUGUCCCAAUUCCACAGCUUUAUGGGUAUGGGCUGUCCACUGGCCAAACUUUCACUGUUCUCGAUAACCUGCCUUUUAUAACCCGCAUCAUGCAGCAUCUGCGCCGUCGGUUGUUGAGUUGGUUAAACUACCCGACUCCGUCCCCCUAUGUUCAACAUCAGAUCAAAGAUCAAACCGGACUGGGAACACCCUACCUUUUGAUUGAAUAUAUCGAUCCGUCGAGAGGCAAAAUGCUUUCCGAAACAUGGGAAGAAGGUCGCCACGAUGUCGCAUUGCGCAGGAACCUUUUCCGCGGCCUUUCUCGCAUUAUGUUGGCUUUGGCACGUAUUCCAUUACCAAAGAUCGGAGCGUUUACUAUAGAUGAAAAGGGGUACUUAACUUUGAGUAACCGCCCUCUUACCCUUGAAAUCCACCAACUAGAAAAUGAGCAUAUACCAGUUGACAUUCCGCGACAUACCACUUAUGCCACUGUUGACUCUUAUGUCAAUGAUAUACUUGCUUUCCAUGAAAGUCGCCUUCGCCACCAGCCGAAUGCAGUCAAUAAUCUCGAAGAUGGUUUCUACCAAACAUCUGCAUUGAUGGUUAUGAGAAGUAUAUGGUCUUGCUUUUUCCGCCGUGAUCUCUUUCGAGGUCCGUUCUUUCUUAAUCUCACUGAUCUCAACCAGAGCAAUAUCUUUGUCGACGAUGAUUGGAAUAUCAAAUGCCUUAUCGAUCUGGAGUGGACAUGCUCCCAUCCAGUGGAGAUGAUUCAUCCUCCCUACUGGCUGACGAAUGAGGCCAUUGAUCUGAUCAGCGUAGAUAACUACGCGAUUCUGCGCGAAGAGUUCAUGAAGGGCUUCGCGGAGGAAGAAAUGAAAACCGAGCUGCCAGCCCGUCUGUAUCCUAUUUUACAGGACGGUUGGGAGAGAGGAACAUUUUGGUAUUCUCUCGCUCUCAGUAGUCCUACGGCGUUGUUCAAAAUCUUUUACGACUUCAUUCAGCCGAGGUUUUCGAAGGCCCAUGACGAUCCAGCUUUCUGGACAAUCACCAUGCCCUACUGGACAUUCAAUGCCUUCAAGUUUAUUGAAAAAAGAGUGAAGGACAAGGAGCAAUACGAUGUCGCGUUGCGUGAGGCAUUUGACACCGGAAAUUCUCAUGAGUAG